AUUAUUUUAAGUAUUAUUUAUUCUAUGCCACUCUAUGAUUAGUCCAUUCUAUUUCAUUUAAGAUAAAAGGAUUUAAACAACUGUUUGAUUACUAGGUGAACUAUUAUAGAUAGAAAGAUAGAUAAAUACUUGGAGAGAGAUACUUGGAGUUUCUAAAUAAACAUACAGUUGAGAUAAUGUUCGCUAAAAUCUUUCUCCUAAUAUUUCUAUUUGGUUUGAAGAAUACAGUUUACGGAGAACCUAUUGAGAGUUCUGUAAAUGAUUUUGAACAAUUAGAAUGUCAAUUAAUUUGUGAAACAUGUGUUAUGAAUGUUCGUGGUAUACGAUGGUUACUUCUGCAAAGUUAUACACGAAAGAUUGCAGCUGAAUUAUUAACUGUAAUGUGUAAUUUCCUUCCAUAUAAAAAACCUCGUGCUCAAUGUAAACGUUUCUUUAAAGGACCAUUUGAAGGUCUGGUUCAUGAUUUUGUUGUAAACAUGAGUGUUUAUGAACCAUGUCAAUAUCUUGGACUUUGUGAAACAGUUCAACAAGAAUUGAUGACAGGCCUAGAUGAUUCAUUCUAUAUCAAUCUACUGAUGAAAACAUUAAGUAUAUUGAAAGAACAUAUAGAGUCAAUUAUUACACCAGAGUUUAUUGAACAAGCAGCUACAAAACUUUGUGCUUCUGACAAAAACUGUAUAAAAGAUUUCGAAAAAUCUGCCGUCGGUCUUAUCAAAGUUAUUUAUAAAAAUUCAGAAGGUGAAUGGUUCUCAAAUGAUUUUUAAAACUAGAUUAACCGUUUUUCAAUUCAAUUCAUAUUCAUCAUUGUGUUUAAACUAUUCGAGGAAAUUUCUUUGAAUAAGUAAAUAAAUAUUUAAUUCGUAAACUCUUCUAAUCAUUUUUGCAUAUAGUACAUAACUGUACAAGUAUGAUGUAUUGCAGAACGUUCGGUAUAUAUUUGUUUACAAGUAUAAAUUCUUUGAUGAAACAA